AUGCGUCGGCCUACGAAAUAUUACAGUCUGACGAGACCGAAACUCAGGCAAUCAUGGAACAAGUACAAUCUGUUUAACAUCGCCCGUGCAGCCGGCCGCGAGCCCCAAGUCAACAGUCGAGCAACAUUCUUCCAGCAGAAAUGGGCAGCCAAGUCGAAAACCCGAGGUUAUCACGGCGAGCAUGUGUCCGAGAAGAAGUGGGUGCGGCUCUUUUCAAGACGUCUUCAAUCCGCUGUCGAUCUCCCUCCCGAAUACCUUGCCGCCAACGAUGGUGCCGAGCAGGCCGCUGGUCGUGGUUCAGGCUUGACGACAUCCAAUGUGACCGCCGAGACCUACUCCAGAGUUCCCAAAGGCAGUACGACGGUCCGAAACCCUUCUCAUCCUGCUCAGCGAGGCCGAGCUUUUGGAAACGUGAAUGACAUGCUCUCGGAGCAUUUCCAGAACAUGACACCUUAUAUGCAAAUGACAUUCGCGCCCCUGGAGCGAAGAUUGGAUACGGCUGUUUUCCGUGCUAUGUUUGCUAGCAGUGUACGACAAGCUCGUCAAUUUAUUAUUCACGGAGCUGUCAAGGUCAACGGCAAGAAGAUGGUUCACCCAUCGUACGCAUUGAAUCCUGGUGAUAUGUUCCAAGUUGAGGUUGAGAAAGUUUUGUAUGGCACUGGAGAGCAAAAGACGGCUGAGUAUACAACAAUGGAAAGUCGCGAGAAGGAGAUGCUCGACCAACAAGAAGAUUCAGUCAGAAAGCAUGGAUUGAAGAAGCGAUCCAAAGUCCUCGAGGCCGUUGCCAAAGAAGGAGAGGAAGCUGGGUCCGAUGAUACAAAGGCUCCUGGAAAACACGCGCGCAAGCGCGUUGAGCGAGAGGUGCAGUUGCACCGUGUCAGAAACCUCCGAACAACAGCCAGAGAGAUUCUGAAGGGUGAUAUGAGAAACCUUUCUGCUAAGCAGAAGAAGGAUUUACGACUAUUCCGUGACACUGCCCAGCGUUUUCUCUCUCUCCCUGAGGCUCGCGAACUUGAUGCACGAGACCUCCUCCAUCAGAUUCAGGCUCAGAUCACGAAGCUUGAGUCUGUCGAUACUUUCCGAAAGGCUGACUCGACACUGGCUAAAGCGUCAACUAAAGCAGCAAACGCUGAGAAUUCAGCUGAAGCAUCGGUCGAGGAGUCCGCUGAAACACAAGCUGAGAAAUCAGAUUCCAAAUUAAGUAAGGAGGAGAGAGAGGCGAAGAAGUUGCAGUUCAAGAACAAGGUUCUCGAGAAGGGUCUGGAGGGCAUCACAAAUAAGGCAGAUCGCGACCGGGCUAUGAAUAUCCUGGCCACUGAGAACCUGACCAAUGAGGAGACCCGCCGCCUCAUCAACAUUCUCAGAAACGACUCCGAGAACCCUAUCGACCCCUCCAAACCCUAUGUUACCCCCUGGCGUCCUCGCCCGUUCAUGUCUGCCUUUGCCUUCAUCCCUCGCUACCUUGAGGUCAACCCCAACAUCUGUGCUGCAGUCUACCUGCGUCAUCCUGUCGCAAGAAAGGGUAUGGCUGAGGUUCCCACGCCUUUCAGCUACUUGACCAACCAGCUGGCCCAUAACUGGUACUUGGGACGAGGUUAA